CCCAAACAUCCUCCAGUUUCCCGCAGCCCCUUCCCCCCUCAAGCCCCUAACCCUAGUGAGCCUAACCCAGCCAGCACAGAGGGCUGUGAGCCUAACUGCUCACCUCUCAGCUGUGCAGAGACUUCUGAGCUGGGGGCUGCCUGAGCUCUGCAGCCGGUUCCUGUGGCGCCAGCCAGGAGAGUUCCCUGUCACUGCCUUCCUGCUGGGGGCCGGCACUGGGGGGCUCCUGGCCAUAGGUCUCUUUCAGCUCCUGGUGAACCCCAUGAACAUCUAUGAAGAGCAGAAGAUGGUGGUGUUGUACGGCUUGGCACCACAUUUUCACUUACAAAAUGUCAAAGACCAGAAAGGAAAGGAAGGAGCCUCCCUUCAUCACACCCUCUGAAGGAACAGGGGAUGUUCCCUACAAUCUCAGCAGGCUUCCUCUUAUAUCUCUGGCCAGGGCAGCAUCAAUCUACUGUUCCCUGAACCUGCUGGAUUCAGGUUUGGGGGCCAUAGGUUGGGGGACCUCCCCUCACAUCCGCUGUGCCAGCCUCCUGCUCGUGCCUAAGAUGCUGGGCAAAGAGGGUAGGCUCUUUGUCCUGGGAUAUGCCUUGGCUGCCAUCUAUGAAGGGCCAGUGGCCAAUCUGAAGCACAAUCUCAACGAAGUGGUAGCAUCGCUGGGCUGCACCGUGGAGCUGCAGAUCAACAACACCCGUGCGACCUGGCGCAUCUCCACGGCCCCACUCCGGGCAGUGUUCAAGGACCUGUUGGGCAGCAAAGAAUCACUGAAAGCAGAGACUCGGAACAUCUCCACUGCCUUUAAGGACCUGGAUGCCCAGGUGAGCAGUGAGGCUGGCUACGAACCUGAGACUGCCAUGGACUCCCAGGGGACAGCCCAAGGUGCAGAGGCCCGGAAGGCCCCCAGCACUAAGCUCCACCUGUCAACCCAGAAGAUGUUCGAGCUGAAGACCAAGCUGCGCUGCUCCUACGUGGUGAACCGGGCUAUUCUCAACUGUCAUCAGUGGUUUGACCGAAAGCAUGAACAGUGCAUGCAACGCAUCUGGGUCCCACUCCUGAACCACUUGCUCUGCCUGCCAAUGAAAUUUAAGUUCUUCUGUGGCAUUGCCAAGGUGAUGGAGGUUUGGUGCCGCAGCCGUAUCCCGGUGGAGGGCAACUUUGGGCAGACCUAUGAUUCCCUCAAUCAGUCUAUUCAUGGCCUGGAUGGAGAAUUUUCAGCCAAUAUUGACAUCAAGGAGGAGAAGCAGGCUGGGGUGCUGGGCCUCAACACGACCUGGGAGCACGUGAGCACCGAGGUGCGGGACUACGUGGAGCGGCAGGAGGCCCAGCUGGAGUGGGUCCUCGGGCUGUUGCAUGCACUGCUGUCCUGCACCUUCCUGCUGGUCCUCCGAGCGUCCUUCUCCUACAUGGACAGCUAUAACCAGGACAUUCGCUUUGACAACAUCUACAUCAGCACCUACUUCUGUCAGAUCGAUGAGCGCAGGAAGAAGCUGGGUAAACGGACUCUGCUGCCACUCCGUAAGGCUGAGAAGAAGAGCCUCAUCUUCCCCUGCAAGCCCACCAUCCAGGCCUCGGAAAUGAGCAGCUUGGCACGGGAGCUCCUGGAGACGCUGCCCGUCCUGCUGCUUCUGCUGGUGCUGUGUGGGCUCGACUGGGCCCUCUACUCGGUCUUUGAUACCAUCCGCCAACACUCCUUCCUGCAGUACUCCUUCCAGAGCAGUCAUAAACUGGAGGUGAAGGUGGAAGGAGACUCCAUGCUUGCCCGGCUUCUUCGGAAGACCAUUGGGGCCCUGAAUACUUCUUCAGACACAGGGGUGGAAUCAAACAACAUGCGCUUUUGGCUACCGGCUCCGGAGGGUCAUCGCAGCCUUCUACUUUCCCAAGUCCUCUCUGUCCCAGCGAGAGAAGAAGCGGGUCCUGUUCCUCUACAACGAGCUAUUGAGGAAGAGAGCAGCCUUCACGAAGCUGAGGCGGGCUGCUAUCGUGAGGCGGGCCCAGCAGCAGAGGGCUCCACGCCACCACCUGGUGGACACCCUGCACCGCCGCUGCCCGGUGCUGCGCCGCUGGCUGCGCCGGCGCUGCGUGGUGUGCCAGGCCCCCGAGACGACCGAGUCCCACGUGUGCCCGACGCCAGACUGCCAGGCCGUGUACUGCCGGUCGUGCUGGGACGACAUGCGGCAGCAGUGCCCGGUCUGCACGCCUCGCGAGGAGCUCUCCUCUUCCGCCUUCAGCGACAGCAACGACGACACCACCUACGCGGAGUGAAGGGCUGGGCCCGCUUCCCGCUCUGCUACACGCUUAAUAAAGCGCCUUGUUCGCCCCUGCCGCCUGUGCUUCGUGGGGAUCGGGGGUGGGCCGGGCGCUGCCCGAGAGCUUCCUCCGCUUGGGCGGGAAGGCAGCGAGGCUCCCAGGGAAGGGUGCGGACACCGGGCGAAGGCAGGCAAGGCGCGACGCCCAAGCCGAUCGGACCCAGCUCCCCGCAGCCUAGCUGAGGCGCACCGCGUGGGAGGAGCCGCGGGAAAAGACUUUAGGACCCAGGGGCGGGCCUUUCCGGGGGCGGAGCGCGGCGGGGUGGAGCGCGGCUC